UGCACCAACCAUUUUCUACAAUUCGAUUCUUCUCGCAUCAGUCGACUUUUGGUCAGACCUCGCCGAAAUGACGACGCGUGUUCUCUUGCUGUUCAUGCUGUGCGCGGUGAUGUACCAGAUGUGUCUCGCGAAACCAGCGAAAGUGCUCCAAAAUCCAGAAUCUCUGAGUCCUGUAAAACACGAAGAAGUGAUAUCAAUUACUGACAAGAGAGAACAACGAUCACCGCAGUUCGGACUUCUCGGCGGAGAUUAUGGCGAAUCGGACUUAGAUGUGGAGCGUACUUUCAAACAGAGGCGUUAUCGCAGACCACAAGAGUGUUUAGAGUUCCCUUGCGGUCCAUAUUUUAGACCUGUACCACUUGGACCACUUGGACCACUUAGACCACCUGUACCAUUUGGACCACCUGUGCCACCUGUAUAUCCACCACCACCUCUCUAUCCAGAGCAGGCUGGUGGGUCUUUCGCCACAGCUUCCGCAGGAUCCAACGUAGAUGGAUUACCAAUUGGAUUACCAAUUGGCGAACAAAGUGAAGCGAAUGCACAGAGUGCUAAUUUCAACCUCGGACCAUUCUCUGCGUCCUUUAGUAAUGCUGGCUCCUCUUCGGAUAGUGAGAUAUUUUAAGAGAGGUAAUUAUUUCUCUCCUGCGUGAAGAUUUAUUAAUGCAUUUUCAUCAACAAUGCGCAUUAAGCAGAAUUUCAAUUAUGUUUGUUUUAACUUGAACCUCUGGCCGAGCAUCCUUCUCGGAGAUUCUUUUAAAGAUAUCAAUAUUUGAUGUUUACAUUGAACAUUGAAUGUUCAAUACUUCAAGACUCAAUGCUCAAUCAUGAUUAAAUACGUAAUAUUCAGUACUCGACACUCUACUCAAUGUUCUAUAAUUAAUCAAAGCAAUAGAAAUUAUUGUUAGAUUGCGAAUUUUUAUACAUUAAAAUUGUAAGUUCAGGGCUGCAAAAAAAAGUACAUAUAUAGUUAAUAUAAAAGUAUAUAGAAGAUAUGUUCGAAAUUAUGGUACAGCAGCUUGAUGAUUAUGCUAUGUAUAGGCAAAAAAUAUUUUGCUUGUAGAAUCACACAGUCCUUUGUGCCUGUAUAAACUAUAUUAAAUAUUAAAGUAUAGUUCUUCGUUCUUUUUUUUUUUUAAAUUCUGUAUUCUCAGAAAUAUGAAUUCGUAUAAAAGUCCAUGAUCUGAAUGUUGUUAGAAUGUAUUAUAUAUACACUAGAAUCUAAUUACAAAACAGUGUA